GGAAGUAACUCUGUGGUAGUAACAGACGAACACUUUAUCAAUUAGUGUUAACUUCGAAGUGAAACAACUCCACAAUGAAUCAUUUCCUUGUUUUGUCACUGGCAAUUUUCUUUACUUUUUGUGCUUCAGUAACUUUAGGUGGUGAUUUAGCGAAAUUGCUUCGGCGGAAUCCUUGCUUCAGAGCCAAUUUUUCGUCCAAAUAUCCGAGAACAGUCAGAACUUAUCCUCGUCCACAUGAACUCUUAAAAUAUGAAGAUAUUCCCAAGAGUUGGGAUUGGCGUUGCAUGAAUGGUAUCAAUUAUGCAAGCACAAACCGUAACCAACAUAUUCCACAAUACUGUGGAUCCUGCUGGGCCAUGGGUGCAACCAGUGCACUUGCUGAUAGAAUCAACAUUUUUCGAUCUUACCCCUGGCCUCCUGCUUACUUAUCUGUCCAGGAAAUCAUUGAUUGUGCAAAUGCAGGCAGCUGCAAUGGUGGAGAUGACAAUGGUGUAUAUGCUUAUGCUCAUGUUAAUGGGCUAGUGGAUGAAACUUGCAACAAUUACCAAGCCAAGAACCAAGAUUGUCCAAAGUUUAAUAGAUGUGGCACAUGUAAAACAUUUGGAGAAUGUGCACCAGUUAAAAAUUACACCAUCUGGUAUGUUGGUGAUUAUGGCAGCAUCUCUGGAAUUGAAAAGAUAAAGGCAGAACUAUAUAAAAAGGGACCAAUCAGCUGUGGAAUGAUGGUCACAAAUAGAUUUGAGGAUUAUGCUGGUGGUGUGUACAAAGAAUAUAAUAAAGAAAUAUUUAUAAACCAUAUUAUUUCCAUUGUUGGCUGGGGAGUUGAUAAUAGCACUGGUAUUGAAUAUUGGAUUGGCAGAAAUUCCUGGGGAUCAUUUUGGGUAAGAAAUUACAAAUUUAUUUCAUACAAGUUAAAUGCUUAUAUACAUAAUGUUGAUUGAAACAACUAUAGUUCAUGGUUACUUUUUACUGGUCAAUGGAAGUAUGAAAAAAGUAUACUCUGACCAAAGUCCAACUCAAAAACUCAAAGAAUAAAUGGAAUUGCUGCUGCCUGCUGAUCUGGUCUGUCUCAGUUACCCACCAUCAUGGAUGCCAAUGCAACCAGCUGAGAGAUCAGUAGUGUGUAUCUUGUCAACACUCCUAAAUUGUGGUCCAUUGCCAACAUAUGAGCUGACCUCUAAUAAUAUAUCAUGGGCAGUAUCAUUCAUUGUUGUUGGUAUAGCAGAACUGUAGUAGUAGUAGUAGUAGUAAAUUCAGUUUUUGCCAUGGGAAAAAAUCUGCUUUCAUUGUCCACACCUGAAUACAGAGUGCUUAACACAGCAGAAAGUGGAAUUUUUAGUGCUGCCUCUCUAGAUAACCUUGUUGAUCCAAAACGAUAAGCUAUCAAAUGUUCCAUAAGUUUGAGUUACGUAAAAAGGGAAAAAGUAAAAUGCUUUCUAAGUGUGUAUGUAUGCAUGUGUGUGUAUGUGCAAAUGUGCCUGCAUGUGUAUGUAAAGAAUAUAAGUUGUAAUAACAAUAGUCACUUUUAAUGGUGAUAUCCUGUUCACACAAAGUUAUGUUAUUAACAAGAAGUGUAUAAAAAGUAUAAAAACUAAUUUACCAUGUGCUUAGACCAUUUCCAGUCUAUAUGUUUUUCUAUUAGGAUAAAAAUACAAUAAUAUUACUGAAAAUAUCAGAAUAAAGAUGCUGACAAUUCAGCAGAAAACUAUUCUGAUAAGUAAAAUAUCCAUCCAUUCACCCCAUCCACCCAGUCAUCCAUCCAUAUUCUCUGCCCACUACUCUUGGGAGAGUCAUGGGGGUAGAGUCUUUAGGCACUACUUCCAUAGAGUUCUAUCAGAAACAGCCUUCAUUACAGUUUCCAGCUGGAUUCCUAUGUGUGACCAACUGAGACUAUAAAUAUUAUCCAACCAUCAUGUUCUUGGAUUACCUAUUAGUUUCCUAUUAGUUAGCUCAGUUAGAACCCUCACUUAUGGCUGUGAAUGUUGGGUAAUGACCCCCACCAAAAAAGUACAAUCAGAAUACAAGUGUUCAAAUUAGGGUUCUUUCAAAGGAUCUCAUGGGUAGUACUACUUGACAGGGUGGGUAGUUUGGAGCUCAGAAAGUCUUUUCAGAUUGAGUUGCUUCUCAUUGCAAUGAAAGGUCACAGCUCCAGUACUACAGAUGUGCGAGUAGAAUGCCAUAGGAAAGAACUCCAAGAUGGAUUGUUUAGCUAUUCCAAGAAAGUAUAGUAUCAGAAAUUAUAAAAUCUUCUCUGUUCUGUUGUUUUUUGUGUUAGAAUUAACUAGUUCUGAAAAGUCUAAAAUUUUAGCAAAAGAAUAAAGUUUGUUGCUGUGGAGAAAAAGGCAAAAAAAAAAAAAAGUCAGGUAAUAACGGUCCUUACUACUAUAGGCACAAAGCCAGAAAUUUUGAGGGAAGGGGCCAGUCAAUUACACUAAUCCCAGUGUUCAACUGACAAAAAGUCAACCAUGGUGAAGUUUGAACUCAGAACAUAACAAUGGGCAAAAUUUUACAAAGCAUUUGAUCUGGAGUGCUGAUUUCAAAUUUUGGCACAAGACCAGCAAAUUUAGGGAAGUGUGUAUGUCAAUUACAUCAACCUCAGACUUCACCUGAUAUUCUUAUUUUAUUGACCUCCCGAAAGGAUGAAAAGCAAAGUUGACCUUGGCAAAAUUUGAACUCAGAAUGUAAAAGUGAAUGAAAUGCCACUAAGCAUUUUGCCCAGCGUGCUAACGAUUCUGCCAGCUCACCACCUUAAAUCAAAUAAUACUAAUAAUGAUGAUGUUUCUGACAUUGACAGAAGACCAGAAAUCUGAAGGAGAGAAACAGUCGAUUGUAUCAACUCCAGUAGUUUACUGGCCCUUUAUCUACCCUGGAAGAAUGAAAUAUAAAGUUGAUCUUAGUGAGAUUUGAACUCAGAAUGUGAAGAGCAGAAACAAAUACUGUAAAGCAUUUUAUUUUUUCCAAUGGAGAUGAAGAACAGAGUUACUUUAUUUGAUGGCAUAACAGAUGCACAUGCAUAUUAGAUGCAUCUCUAUUUCGGCAGCACAUAUUCAGAAAGAAAUUUUGAAGGCAUAAAAACAUGUAGUAUUUAUGCCUUCAUAUAGGACAUGGGGUGGUUUUUGAGACAUUUUUUUCUGAAAAAUAUGCUUUUUACAUGCCAUCAAUACAGUGAUAAUUAUAUAUUAAAUACCACUACAUGGAGUGAUGACGACAAUUAUUUUUUAACGUGAAGCACAAAAAAAGAAAGAGAACUUAAUGGUGGUUGCAAGGGAAAUAACUCCUAUAAAGAAGUUUUAAAGUUUGGAAUGUAUUUUAAGGUUAAGGUUCUUGAUGAGACUGUCUUUAAUAUAUAUUGUCGAAAUCUUUCUUUGGUCGUCUUUUCUUUAUACAAUUUUUAUUAUGGUCUAUCGAAACUAACGUCAAUUUGAAUUCAAUAUCUCUACAAGCUUAUAAAAUCAAAAACAGUGCGGCACUCAUAACUCGCAUUUUUUCACACUCAGAAUUGUCAAUGCAUGGAAUAAACUACCCACAUCGACUGUUAGCUGUUAGGACACUGCAUUCUUCAAAAAUUCCAUGUUUUCCAAAAUCCACCAACUCUACUUUUGAGAUGUUUAUGCAAUCCUUCCUUUUUAUGGCUCUAUUACUGUUCACUUUUGUUCUUUUUUAUUAUUCUGUGUAUUAUGCAUGGACUUUUCAUUUUCAUUACUGCCUUUCUUUACUCAACUUAUUGCUAUUUUCCUUAUUAUUAUUAUUAUUAGGUGGCAAACUGGCUGAAUAUUGCUUUCAAAUUUUGGCACAAGACCAGCAAUUUCAGUGAAGGGGAUAAGUCAAUUACACCUACUCCAGUGUUCAACUGGUAUUUAUUUUAUUGACCCCAAAAGGAUGUGUAGCGAGGCACAAGAAGCCAGCGCCAUAUUGUGCACAAUCUCACUGGUAGCCAUUACCAUGUCUGAGACAGGAGCGAGAUAUCGCCUGCAACCAUUUGCCAUGCAUGAGACAGCAGCGUGACUCAUCGGCAAUGACUACAUAAGCAGGAGAAUUAAGACACUCACCCUUUUUCGUCCUUCUCAUUUACGCUGAGGAUCACUGCAAGCUGGCAGCUCACAGCGGAUUCUUAUCCUGCUCUAACUUCACCUGUUAUCUCCCGAGGUAAUGUACCUCAUAUGAACAGAGCUAUAACAAACCACGUGCUGCCAUAAAGAUGGUCAUUGGGAGCAAGCCACAUGAACGAGAACUAAAAUAAACAACUGUUAAAUUGCACUCCGUUUGUAAGCUUCUUCUUUGAGUUCCAGAUCCUUGAGACUACAGAAAUAAUUGUAAUGGGAGAAGGAGAUACUCCACAGGUAUCACAAGGCUUCAAUUCCAAUAUAGAUGAAAGGCAAAGUUGACCUGAGUGGAAUUUGAAUUCAGAACGUAAUGAUGGACAGGAUGCCACUAAGCAUUUUUGCCCUGUAUGCUUGCAAUUCUGCAAGCUUGCUGAGUAUUGCUUUCAAAUUUUGGCACAAGGCCAACAAUUUCAGGUGAGGGCAUAAAUCGAUUACAUCAACCCCAAUGCUCAACUAACUAUACUUAUUCUAUCGACCCCCAAGAGGAUGAAAGGCAAAGUUGACCUCAGUGGCAUUUACAAUCAGAACAUAAUAGCGUUGGAAGAAAUGCCGCUAAACAUUUUGCCCAGCACACGAACAAUCCUGAAGAUGGUUGCAUAUUACCAUACCAGAUGCUUAGCAGCAUUAUAUCUGUCUUAAAGACAGAUAUAAUGUUCUGAGUUCCAAUUCUGCUGAGGUCAACUUUACCUUUCAUCCUUUCCAGGCAAUGAAAUAAGUAUACCAGUUGAGUACUGGGGUCAAUAUGAUCAACUAGUCUCCUCCUGCAAAAUUUCAUGCCUUCUGUCUAUUGUAGAAAGAAUAUUUCAGAGCAUCAGAAAACAUGAUUUUUUUCUGUCAUGUCUGUAUGGUUAAGAAGCUGGCUUUGCAACCACAUGGAUUUAGAUUUUGUCCCAUUGUGCAGCAUUUCAGGCAUGUGCCUUCUGCUAUAGCCUGGGGCUAAUCAAUGCCUUGUAAGUGGAUUGGGUAGAUGGAAGCUAUGUGGGAACCUGUCAUAUAUGUAUAUGUACAUAUAUGUGUGUUUGUACCCCCCACCACAUGACAACCAGUGUUGGUUUGUAUAUGUUCCUGUAACGUAGUGGUUUAGCAAAAGGGACCAAUUAAAAAAGUAUCAAACUUAAAAAUAAGUACUGAGAUCAAUUUGUUCAACUAAACCCUUCAAGGCAGUGUUCCAGUAUGGCCACUAUCCAAAA